AUGGGCGCGGUCUUAUGCCGAUCACACCAGGAGCCUCUUUCAGAGUCCCCCAAGCACCUUUUCCAGGACAGAGACAAACGACUUGAAAAACCAGAUGAACCAUUACUGAAGAGUGAAGAGAUGGCGCAUUUACUGAAAUAUCCGGUCUUCAACUUUGAGGACUACACUCGCCAUGAGUCCAUUUACAAGGACCUAGCGGAGUUCUUCGGGAAGCAAACAGAGCACCGCCCACCAUCCCUUGACGACCCAGAGCUACUGGAUGCGUACCCAGAAGAUGCCGUCUCUCCUCAACUAGACAGGUAUCACGCCGAAACUCUUCAUGUGGAGAUGAUCCAAUGCCUUCUAUCAAGUAUGACUUUACUGAACCACACCGAACAAUCAAAAAUAUUCGAAGAACAGACCGGGACUGUCGAAGAGCCCUUGAAGAAAAUCACCGUUGUGUGUCUAGGGUCAUUCUACCCCGAAACCAUCACCUUGCCACGCAAUCCGAAGAAUGCACACAAAACACUUCUUUUGAAACAAGCCAUACCCCGAUCCAAGGAUUCCGUGUGGCGCUCAUGCUCUCCGUUGAUGAAUCGCAUUCUCGAGAUCAUGCAUUCGUUCUCUGGUCAGCCAAAUCAUUACGACGAGCAAUAUCCCACCCCACCUCCUCCCCUGCAGAUCUUCCAGUACAUCUUACGCAAGUACCUCGGACUUCGAUUUUCAGAGGAUGCAUUUGAGCGAGAGGAUCUUGAUGCACCACAUCACCUCUUCGUGCAUCAUCUAGAGAUGGGACAACUUUUUUUGGAUGGGUGGCCUCAAGUGGUCCCAACACUAUUUGAUUUGGACGACGGUACCGAAUAUGAAGCGUAUUAUGCCUAA